GCGGAAAGUGAGGAAGACGAUAUUUAAAGAUAUUCGAUUUCAAUGUCUGAUCGGUCUUUUCGGGCUCUUCCUUUUUGUUUGGCGACUUCCGAGGCCACGGAGAGAAGCAGGCAACAAAACAGUCUUUAUUACAGGUUGCGAUUCAGGUAUGGGUCAUCGAAUGGCCAAACGAUUUGAUGAGCUGGGAAUGGUCGUUUUCGCUGGUUGCCUACAACCGGAAGCCAAAGGAGCUCUUGAACUGAAGAGUAUCUGCUCCAAAAGAUUACACAUCGUACCCAUGGACAUCACGAACGAUGAGCAAGUGCGGAAGGCAGUGGAAUACGUGGAAGCCAAUCUUCCUCCAAGAGAAAGAGGGCUGCAUUGCUUGGUAAAUAACGCAGGAGUUUUGGCUUAUACAGACUUCGAAUUGAUGACUCCAAAAAUGUGUGAAGAAGUGCUCAACAUCAAUCUGAUGGGGACAAUGCGUGUUACUAAACACUUCAUACCACUUUUAUGCCGAACACCUGGUCGUAUUGUGACGAUCACAAGCAUUCUUGCACGGCUAGUGUACCCUCGUGUGGCGGUAUACGCAGCGACGAAGCAUGGGUUGAACGGAUUCUUUUCUGCUUUGCGGUAUGAGCUGCAAGAAAAAGGAGUGCAUGUAGCCACUGUGGAGCCAGGGGACUUUUCUACAACUACUGACAUAAUGCAGUGGACCCAGCGCCAUCUGGAAGAAAUCUGGAACAACAUGUCUCCGAAAGAGCAGAAAAGCAAAUUGCAUUUGUUCGAGAAAACAAAGAAGAAGGUGAGCAAGACCAAAUGCUCCGAAGACGAGCAAGAAAAAAACUACGGAUUUCUACUGAACGAUGUCGAAGACGCCAUGCUAUCAGAAGAGCCCCGUUGGCGUUAUGUCAGUGCUCCUCGAACCACGAGAAUAGCAUUGUGGGUUCUUCGAAACCUACCUGAAAAGUGGACUUUCAAACUCAUGGGUGAAAAAGCAAUUUCAAAUUGAAAAGUUCAAACGCAUUUCAUUUCAUCUAGUUGAUGACUUUCAACUGAUCCUCUAUUACAGAGGUUCCAACCUGUGAUAUGUGGACUCCUGCAUUAACAUAACAAACUAAGUGAAAUUGAAAAACGUAAAAUAAUAUAUGGAAAGAUGAAAAACACUAGAAUGUAAGAUUAAAAUUUUAAAAAAGUAGAAUUUUGUCUCCCAAAAUUCUCUUUGUUAAAACAAUAAAAUAUUUAUUAAAUUUCGCGAAAUUGUGGAAAGAGCAUUCUCAUCUUAUUCGUACAGCUUGAUGCAACCCCAGAUACGAAUCUGUAUUUGAACUUAGGAUUAAAUACCAGAAAAAAAGUUAAAAUCUCCCAAUUAAAUUAUCUUCCCUUUGAAUAAAAAUUAAUUAUUACAAUAUAUAAUUGCCAGCUCACAUUGCAAAUGAAUGAGAAAUUAUUUUAGCAUUAUUUUCAAUUUUUUCUGUUAUUGAAGUAAUGAUGUUAUAAAAAAAUGGAUAAAAUAAAAAAUUUGUGCUUUAAAUAUUAUAAACUAAUUAUAAUCAAUUAAUAAUCGCUUUUAACAUUUUUAGUAAAAAUUUUAUGUUUGGUACAGUAAUGGGGAGAAAUUUUCAUUUUUCAUGAACUAUUAUUUAACAAGUUGAAAUGAAAGGCAACUGUUCAAGAUUUUUUAAAGACUUUUUUCCCCAUGAAUUAUUAGAAAACAACUUUUGAUGAAAUGCACCGUAUACAGAUUUUCCAACCUUAAAAAAUUUUGUUUGCCAAUAUUAAAGAAUUUAAAAAACGAAAGACUCUUACAAAUCGAAGAUUAUUCUGAUCUUCAGGAAUAUUCUGUAUGCCCCCAUUUGGGGACUCCUCACAGCAUCAGAAGUCCUAUUUUAAAUAACAUAAUAGUGAAGCAGAUUUGAGCGAGAGUCAAAUUUCACUUAAUGUAGCAUGAUGCAAUAAUUAAAUAUAUCUAAAAGGGUAGUUGCUUUGUAUGCUUUAACUAGCUUUAACUUUCUUCCAGUUACUAACUAUUUAUAGAUUUGUUUCAAAGAGUGCGUAGACAGUAUAAAAUGUAGCAAUAACUUCUACUAAAAAAAGUUUUUGAAAAACUCAAU